CGCACGUUUGCGCCCCACCACGUCCAGCAUGGAAUCAUACAACCUCAAAACUGCGGCGUCAUACAUCAACAACCUACUUUUGGCUCGAGGGCUUUUGCGCGAUGGAAAGAGCAUCGAGUUCGCCCACCCGUCGCGCGGAGAGGGUGGAAAGGAGGCUACAAUGGCUCAGAUUAUCAACCUCGUCCACGAUCUGAUUCUGAAGCGUGACCGUGACCAAGAGUACAGAGAGUCUGUCGCAGAAACAGUUCGGAAUCUACGUUCAGAACAGUCGCGCCAAUUGAUAUCACUUGAAAAACUGCAAACCCGCAACGCAGACCUCACAAGACAACUGUCCCUCGCUCAGUCGCAAGAACAUGCCGCUCGCGCCGCCCUACGAACCGCCGAAUCAUCAGCUCGCAAGCUGCGCGCAGAGAUGCUGCGACUCAAAACAACGGUGGACCAGGUGCGCACGAGUUGCGCGAAUGACGUGCGAAAGCGCGACAUCCAAAUACAGAGGCUGAAGAGCCACUUGACUGCUCAGCAACGCGGAAACAAAACAGGGUUGGUUGGCGCAAGCAUCACAAUCAACCCUGGAGUAGCAGGGCAUGGUGGAUCAAUAGGUACCCUUCGAGCCGAGGAGCCAGAUCUCGAGGGUCCUGGUUAUAGCCUGAAGCAGGAAACAACCGAGUUCUUGACGCAAUUGAGCCAGAGCCUGAGCGACGAGAACGACAGCCUGAUCGCUCUUGUCAGGAGCACGCUUGUGACUCUGAGGGAGUUGCAAGGCAUGCCUGAGAUGAUUGCGCAAGAAGAGGCAGAUGGACUUUCAGUGGUCGGAGAAGAAGACGAGGUGGAACGACAAGGCAUGAUGCAAGCGUUGCCUACCAGCUAUGAAGCUCUUGCUAGCGACACAGAUGCGGUUCUUGAUAACCUCAAGAAUUUGCUUACGAACCCCAAUUUCGUUUCAGUCGAUGAAGUGGAGUCGCGGGAGGAAGAGAUUCACAGAUUGCGAGCUGGUUGGGAGAAGAUGGAGGGGCGAUUGAGCGAAUCAUUCAAGCUCAUGGAUUCAUGGCGGAAGCGCAUGGGCAACGGUGGCACUAUCAACCUUGACGAGCUUACCAGGGGUCUGGACUACGAUACUGAUAUGGAGGCAGAUGACACAGACCAUGUCUCUAUUAUCGAAGUAGAAGUCAAGGACGUGUACGAAGAGGAGCGCGAAGAGGUCGUAGAGCAUGGCGAUGAGGCUAUGGAGGACGGUAGCUCUGUCUUCAACGAGGACGUGGCAGAAGUCGAAGACCAGGAGCAACCCACACCAGAAGCUGAACCUGCACCAGAGCAGACAAAUGGCGACAAGUUGUUCAGUGUCAAGCUGCACCCUGAACAGCCGGAACUGCAAGAGACGAAGGGCAAUAAGUCGCCUCGCAAGGUUGCCUUCUCAGUGUCCAUCCCUAACACGCCAUCAGGGGUCGAAGUCGAGAACACAGAUACACCCGGACUUGAUCUAGUCGAUGCAGAGACGUCCGGCCACUCAUCCCCUGCAGCAAAGGCGGCAGCCUCCCAGGACCGAGCAUCGAGACCGAUAACUCAAGAUGAGCGCACACCACGCCAUGUACGUUGUAAUGAUAUCUGCGACCAGAUUGCGAUCAUGGCCAGCAAAGUCAUUUUUCCUUCGUCUCCAUCCUCAACAUUCAACUCGUCAACAAUAACAAUCUCUGAUCACCAUCAACAGACAAGAAAGCGAAAUUCAAGUUCACGUGCUCAUCCGGAAGAGCCCUCCCCCAAAGUAAGCAUAUUCGACAAGCUCAAGGCAGUCCAGGUGGAAGCGGAAGUAGCCGCCGCCAGAAUCCAAUCAAGCCCUGUCACGUCGUUCAGAUCGGCGAAUGGCGAAGAUAAAGCGGACGACGAGAAGCAGAGACGCACUACUCGCUCGCCGACGAAACCCUUGCGUAUUGGCGGGCGGCCGAAAAGGAGAAAGAGCACCCUGACACCUGCAGAGCUGGAAAAUCUCUUGGGUUGCUAAUCGGCCGGUGCUCGACUUGCGGGUGCUUGUGCGUGUCAUGAAGACAGGUUAGUGGUGGGGCGCAUAAUGAAGCUGCAUUCAAUCAACGUUUUCACAUCGUGCACUCAACUGUUGACGCGAUGUCAAUGUAUUGGAGUGGCUGGUGCGCGGGUGACCAAUACUUUGUCGAUCCUUGUUGAUUGGGCAGAUCAGAAGGGAAGAUGCAUGAACGAGGCCGUGGGUCGGCGCGUAGGGACGGCAAUUAUCACUCUGGCCGGUGCGGACUGAUUGCAUACUGCGAUGCAGCAGUGAUAUGUCCUUGGUGCAAACGAGUGCGAACAGGUCUGAGACUUCGACGUCGAAGGAGGUUGCGUACAGGAGUUCAAGUACUCCAUGUUGCAGCGCCUGUUCUUUGAUUAGCAGCAGGUCUCACAAUAACGCACGCAACACGACAUCGCGCGUCCACACGUGU